GGAAGUCAUGGCCUUCACAGCACCCCAAAUUCCUGCAGAGCUGUCACUGCCAUCCUGCCAGGUGCAAACUUCAUGGUGUUAAGUGUUGAAGGAAUAUGGCCUGAACUGAUCAAAGUUUGAAAAGGAAUACCUGAAGCCCUGCAAGUCAUAUUAAAGCACAGGCACCACCAGUACAUGUCAAGGCUCUGCUUCCAGGACUGUGAAAGGACGCCAAGCCAUUCUGCUUUCAAUUACGUGAAUAUUAUACCUCCUGCUCCAAAGACUGGAGUCACAGAUUUGACUUUUGGCUUUUCCUUGGUAUCCAUUUCCGGUGAGGAUUAGGGUAAAAGAACCCCAGGUUCAGUCUGCCUGGCACCGCUGCAACCAAGCUGACACACUGACAAUCCUGGUUACCAGGGGGAUGAGGUGACCGUUCAGAUGCCAGAAUGCAUGAUCGGCACAUGAGGAGAAUAAAGUACAGCACACAGUACACAAGCAAAAUGUCCAAACAAAAAAAAAACAAAUCAGGAACUACACACAGCUGGCAAGUGUGGGCCAUCUACAUGCUCUUAGCUGCAAACCUCUCUGAACAGCAAGCGCUGAAGCAGGCUUGUCCUUCAUGCAGUGAUGCUCAGCUUUGCAACUGCUCUUCCAUGGGCUUGGACUUCAUUCCCCCAGGGCUCACCGCCAAAAUCACAAUGUUAAACCUGGCCCACAACAGGAUAAAGCACAUCCGAUCCCAGGACCUGCAGCAGGCUGUGAACCUGAGAGCCCUGCUGCUGCAAUCCAACAAAAUCAGCUCCAUAGAUGAAGACUCGUUUCAGUCCCUGGCGAAACUGGAGCUCUUGGACUUAUCAAAUAACAGCUUGGCUCACUUGUCCCCUGUGUGGUUUGGGCACCUUUUUUCGCUCCAGCACCUCCACCUUCAAGGCAAUUUCUACAGAGACCUGGGAGAAAGCUCUCCCUUUUCUGGUCUGAGGAACCUGAGCUCUCUCCGCCUGGGCAACCCACAGUUCUCUGUGAUAAGGCAAGGGAACUUUGAGGGCAUUGAGCUUCUCAGCAAGUUGUGGAUUGAUGGUGGUAACCUCAGUCAGUAUGAGCAGGGAAGUUUGAAAUUGAUUAAGAAGAUAAAUCACAUGGUCAUAAACCUAAGAAAUAUUAAUAUAUUCUCAGAAAUUGUUAGGGACCUUCUGCACUCUGUGACUUGGCUAGAAGUGAGAGAAAUCAAAUUAGCAGUUGAAACAAAAAGCUUGGUGCAGAACUCUACGCGCCCUUUUAGGAUGCAAAAACUUACGUGUAAAGAUGCUUUCUUCACAGACCAGUCUAUUAGCCGAUUCUUGGUAUUAUUGAAGGAAAUCACCUCUUUACGAGAGUUAGAGGCAAUAGAUUGUGUGCUUGAUGGGAGGGGUAUAUGGGACACUAAAGAAAUUGCAAGCAGUGGGCAAAGUUUUGUUGAAACAAUAUCAAUAAUAAAUGUAAUGAUUCAGAAAUUUCAUCUGUUUAUUGACCUAGAAGGUAUGGAGUCACAAAUAAACAAACUGAAAAGACUCACUAUUGCAAGCUCUAAAGUUUUCAUGGUACCAUGCAAGCUUGCAAGAAAUUUUUCAUCUCUUAUAUAUCUAGACUUCAAUGAUAAUUUGCUUGUAAAUAAUCGUUUAGAUGAGACAAUGUGCAAAGAUGCCUGGCCUUCACUGCAAACAUUAAAUCUAAGUCAAAACUCUCUAAAAUCUCUGAAACAGACUGCAAAAUAUAUAUCUCGUCUACCCAAACUGAAUAAUCUUGACAUUAGCCAAAAUAAUUUUGGUGAGAUUCCAGAUGCAUGUGAAUGGCCAAAAAACCUGAAAUAUUUAAACCUCUCCAGCACUCAAAUUCCUGAAGUAACGACCUGCAUUCCCCCAACGCUGGAAGUUUUGGAUGUUAGUGCUAACAACCUGAAGGAGUUUGGACUGCAGCUCCCAUUUCUGAAAGAGCUGUACCUCACAAAAAACCAGCUGAAGACCCUGCCUGGUGCUGCACCCAUUCCAAACUUAGUGGUCAUGUCAGUCAGGAGAAACAAGCUCAACAGUUUCUCCAAGGAAGAGUUUGAGUCCUUCAAGAGAAUGGAGCUGCUGGAUGCCAGCGACAACAACUUCAUCUGCUCCUGUGAAUUCCUCUCCUUCAUCCACCACCAGGCUGGGAUAUCCCAGGUGCUGGUGGGGUGGCCAGACAAGUACGUCUGCGACUCUCCGCUGGCGGUGAGAGGGGCCCAGGUUGGAGCUGUACACCUCUCCCUGAUGGAGUGCCACAGGUCCCUCGUGGUGUCAUCGAUCUGCAUCCUGGUGUUCCUGGUCAUCCUCAUCCUUGUAGCUGUUGGCUACAAGUACCACGCGGUCUGGUACCUGAGGAUGACCUGGGCGUGGCUCCAAGCCAAGCGGAAGCCCAAGCGAGCCCCGCCAAAGGACAUCUGCUAUGACGCUUUUGUCUCCUACAGUGAGAACGACUCCAACUGGGUGGAAAACAUAAUGGUGCGGGAGCUGGAGCAGGCCUGCCCUCCCUUUCGCCUCUGCCUCCAUAAGCGGGACUUUGUGCCCGGGAAGUGGAUAGUGGACAACAUCAUUGACUCCAUUGAGAAGAGCCACAAAACGCUCUUUGUGCUGUCUGAGCACUUUGUGCAGAGCGAGUGGUGCAAAUACGAGCUGGACUUCUCACAUUUCCGCCUCUUUGAUGAGAACAACGAUGCGGUGAUUCUUGUCCUCCUGGAGCCCAUCCAGAGCAAAACGAUUCCCAAGAGGUUCUGCAAGCUGAGGAAGAUCAUGAACACAAAGACCUACCUGGAGUGGCCUCUUGAAGAAGAGCAGCAGCAGAUGUUUUGGGCAAACCUGAAAAGAGCCUUGAAGUCGUAGAAGAACUCAGCAGCUCCCAUUUCAAUGUAUGUCUGCAAAAGGCUCUAUGUCAGUGUUUCUUCUUGCUAAGAAUUUUUUUUUCUUAUUUUUCUCUCAAAAUACAGCUGGCUUUGUUGUGUGUAGAAAUAAUUGUCAUGUUACUCACUGAAAAAGGACCGCUUUUUGCUUUCCAGUAAUCUGAUUCUCUGGUCUUUCAAAAUCUCUGCCAAUAACUAUAAUAUUUGGAAGCUAUAUUGGACUAUAUAUACUUUUCUGAACACAAUUAGCUGAGUGUAUGGUAUUUCUGUACUUUUUUCUGCUCUUACCACUAUUCCCAACUCGUCUCUAACAAUGCCACUGCAAUUUACAAUUUAAAUUAAAAGCCAAGGACUUCAA